AUGAAUGGGGGGUGGGCAGCCAACUGUCCUCCGCAGCAAUUUAAAAUGUAGCGGCUACAAUAUUCCGUAGCGGGAAAACAGCCGUGCUUCAAGGCUCGACCGAGAGGUGCCAUUCUUAUUCUUUUGAGGCAACGGUGUGGACAGCUAUCGUAGGGCCCUUCCUGCACUGGGUCUUGACGUGACCUCUGCGGGCUUCGGAGGCGUGAGCCGGUCAGUAGAAACCGGUGCUGGCUGGGGAGAGAGGUCUUGGUGUCUCCCCGCCCCCCGCAGGCUUCCUGCUUUCCUCGGGUCCAGUGUGGAGGAUUUAUGAGCUGGGUGUGGGGAGAACAGGCAAGGCGGCGGUGGCCGUUGGAACAGCAUGGGUGUGAUAGGUGUGCAGCUGGUGGUUACCAUGGUGAUGGCUAGUAUUAUACAGAAGAUCAUACCUCACUACUCUUUUGCCCGAUGGCUCCUCUGUAGUGGCAGUUUGCGAUGGUAUCUACACCCCACCGAAGAAGGACUACGUAUUCUUGCAGGAAAACAACAAAAAGGAAAAGGCAAGAAAGAUAGGAAAUACAAUGGUCACAUUGAAAACAAACCAUUAACCAUUCCUAAAGACAUUGAUCUGCAGCUGGAAACAAAAUCUAUUACUGAAAUAGAUGCGUUAGCCUUGCAUUAUUUUCCUGAGUAUCAGUGGCUGGUGGACUUCACUGUUGCAGCUACAGUGGUGUAUUUGGUAACUGAAGCCUACUACAACUGGAUGAAGCCCACACAGGAAAUGAAUAUCAGCAUAGUCUGGUGUCUGCUUGUUCUGGCUUUUGCAGUAAAAAUACUGUUCUCAUUAACUACACACUAUUUCAAAGUAGAAGAGGGUGGUGAAAGAUCAGUCUGUGUAACUUUCGGGUUUUUUUUCUUUGUGAAAGCCAUGGCAAUUUUAAUCAUAACAGAAAACUAUCUAGAGUUUGGACUUGAAUCAGGAUUCUCAAAUUUUUCAGAAAGCGCUGUGCAGUUUUUUGAAAAACAAGGCUUGGAAUCCCAGGGUCCUGUUUCUAAAUUAACAUUCAAACUCUUUCUGGCUAUCCUUUGUUCAUUUAUUGGUGCUUUUUUGACAUUCCCUGGAUUGAGAUUGGCUCAGAUGCAUCUGGAUGCUUUGAGUUUAACGACUGAAAAAAUCACUCAAAUGCUGUUGCAUAUAAACUUCCUGGCACCCCUACUUAUGGUCUUAUUGUGGGUAAAACCCAUCACCAAGGACUACAUAAUGAAUCCACCAUUGGGAAAAGAGAAUGUGCCUUUAAUGUCAGAAGCUACAUUUGAUACUUUAAGGCUGUGGGUUAUAAUUCUCCUGUGUGCUUUGAGGUUAGCCAUGAUGCGUAAUAAUCUCCAAGCCUAUCUGAAUUUAGCACAGAAGUGUGUGGAUCAAAUGAAAAAAGAAGUUGGCAGAAUAAGUACAGUUGAAUUGCAGAAAAUGGUGGCCAGAGUGUUUUAUUAUCUCUGUAUAAUUGCACUUCAGUAUGUGGCACCUCUGGUUAUGCUGCUUCACAUGACUCUACUGUUGAAAACUUUAGGUAACUACUCCUGGGGCAUUUAUCCAGAAUCAUCUUCAGAUUUACCAAUGGAAAACAGUCCACAGAGCAGUUCACUAAACUCUGAACCUUCAUCUGAUGAUGGAAAGAUGAAGGUAACUGUAAUACAGCUAACAAUGGCACUGGCUAGCUUGAAGAACAUUUUCACUCCACUCUUAUUCAGAGGACUCCUGUCUUUUCUGACAUGGUGGAUUGCUGCUUGUCUUUUUUCCACAAGCCUUUUUGGGCUCUUCUAUCAUCAGUACUUGACCGUCGCAUGAUCUAACAAGACAGACAUUCAGCACUAGGAAGUCCCUAUGCCCCAAGACAGCAGGAAAAAAGAUGGGAAGAAAUAGCACGACAAAGAGGAAAAUGUAUCAGUUUUUCCUCAAAUGUUAUUCUGUGUUUUCGAGCAAUGUUGCUGGUUUAUGUUGGAAAUCACAAGAAAGUUUAUAACUUUGAUACCUUAAAUUAUAGGUAAUUACCAGAUUGUUGGUGGGCUACUUUGAAAUAUGUCCAAGUACCUUUGUUUUUAUGUGCUCCAUGCUGCUCUGAAUACACUGUGUAUUCAGUCAUUGAUUGGCUGAUCUUAGUGGUGUUAAGGUACUAGGGUAAUAUUUAUGGUGACUGUUUAGAAAAUGAACUUUCAUCUGAGCCAUACAAGGGAGAUGGAGAAGUUGUCCUGUUGGAAAAUCAUGGAUGACUUUUCUACUGAAAAGCAAAUAAAACCAACAGGAUGAAAGAAAUGCUGUAUAUUACAGUAUAGGAAAUUAUCUGAGCAGAGUUUAUUGUAAAUAAAAUGCAUGGACUCAGCAAGCAUUCAUGCUGAAGGACUUGUUUACAUGUUACAAAGAAGUAUAUAUUGCAAUACUAUAUCACUUGGUCACUUAAUGUAUGAAUAUUCAGGAGUGAGCAGUUUCCAGACUUUAAAAGCAUUUCCUUCUUUGAAUGCUCACAUACUUGAAACUAAUCCUUUGGCAGUUGUAAUUGUCAAGUAGCAAGUAAGUCCAAUGGUGUGACAGCUUACUAUGUGUACCUCACUCCUCCAUGUUCAUGUAUUGGACUAUACAAAGUGAUAUAAUUUGUUGGGGUAUAAUAUAGUGGGGCAUCAUCUUAAUUGAUGCACUGAGCCCCAUAAUGUAAUGUGUCAGGAAGUCCUAAAUAAUUUUCAUAUUAUAAAAGUAAUAUUAUAAAUAUAUUGUUUCAAUCCGAACGGUCUUUUUAAAAAUAAAAAUGGCCACAUAAAUCCUUGUGUGUUUAGUGUUGGUGCUAAUACUUAUGUACAAAAUUUAACAAUGUCUUAUUCUCCUGGUACUAGACAAAGUCCUUUGACUUCAAAACAAUAGCUGGAGGGGCUUGGUGACAC